AGACAGACAGACAUAUGUAUACAUGCGUAUGUACAUGUAUACAUGACAUAUUCCUAAACAAAGAUAGAUUGUGGUCUCACUCAGUAUAUGAACAGAUAUGGUCACGUGAAUUCGAAGAAGUCAAAUGUGACCCCUCCAUUGCCAUUCUUCCUCCUCCGUUUUCAUCGGUAACUGAUCCCCAAUUCUUCCGUCGUCGUCGGAAUCUCAAUCUCUCGCUCGCUCGCCGGUCUUCUGAGCAAGCGUGUCACCCUCGUUCACCAUGUCUUGGUGCGCCAUAGAAUCUGAUCCUGGCGUUUUCACUGAGCUUAUACAACAGUUGCAAGUGAGAGGCGUGCAGGUUGAGGAAUUGUAUUCAUUGGACCUUGAUUCUCUAGAUGAACUAAGACCUGUGUAUGGAUUGUUAUUGCUUUACAAAUGGCGUCCCGAGGAAAAGGACAACCGUCCUGUGAUCACGGAUCCAAACCCGAACUUCUUCUUCGCCAGCCAGAUAAUCAAUAACGCUUGUGCAACGCAAGCGAUAUUGUCCGUCCUCAUGAACUCUUCGGGUAUCGAUAUCGGUCCGGAACUAUCUAAACUGAAGGAAGUUACAAAGAACUUUCCAGCUGAGCUGAAGGGUUUGGCCAUCAACAACAACGAAUCCAUUCGUGCAGCGCACAACACCUUUGCUAGGUCCGACCCAUUUGACACAGUCACGGAAGAACAGAAAGCGACUUCCAAAGAUGACGAUGUGCAUCACUAUAUCAGCUACUUACCCGUCGAUGGUAUCUUAUACGAACUCGAUGGGUUGAAAGAAGGACCGAUCAGCCUCGGACAGUGCCCGGGUGGGCAAGGUGGCAUGGAGUGGCUUAAAAUGGUCCGGCCCGUGAUCCAAGAACGUAUAGAUAAGUAUUCGUCGAACGAAAUACGGUUCAGUCUUUUAGCCGUAGUCAAGAACAAGGGAGAGAUGUAUGUGGCUGAACUGAAGGAGUUCCAGAGAAAGAGAGAGAGGGUAUUGCAGCAGUUAGCCGCUCUGCAGGCGGACAAAUUCGCCGAGAAAAGCAGUUUCGAGGCAUUGGACCGAUCGCUUUCGGAGGUGAACAACGGAAUCGAAGCAGUCUCGCAGAAAAUUGUCAAGGAGGAGGAGAAGUCGAAGAAGUGGAGGACUGAGAACAUACGCCGGAAACACAACUAUGUGCCGUUCCUCUUCAAUUUCCUCAAGAUCUUGUCAGAGAAGAAGCAGCUCAAGCCUCUCAUCGACAAGGCCAAGCGUAAUAACAAUGCCUAAGUGUGAAAACAUCGUCAAUCCAUGUAUGAUAUUCUGAGUCGGCUUUUCAAACCCGAGCCUAAUUAUAAACCCGCGGGUUCAGACCGAAUCUCGGCGUCGGCCUUCAACUUCCAGUGUUAUGUUUGGACCUUUUUUUUUUGGGAUUUUGGUAAGUUACG